AGAGCACUUAGUCUCACUGAUCUGUCUUUGAAUUCUCUCUGUAUUCACUGUUGUACUGCUGUUUGUCAGUUCUUCCUGGAUUUGAAACUUCACCUAAACUGCCAGGAAGAAGGAGAACGAGAAUCCUAAAAAAAUGACUGAAAGUCCUCUACUGAGCAUUCCCUUCUCAAACCAGAGUGAAAACAAGAGCAACUCAACUGUUUGCCCAGACUUGGAUAACUGGUGGGAAAUCGUGUACUACUUAGUACCCAAGUGUAUCGACACCAUCUGUGUUAUUGGAAUGCUUGGAAAUUUAUUUGUUCUCUUCGUUUACUCACUGUACAAGGGCCCUCUGAAGAUAUCUGAAAUCUACCUUGUGAACCUAGCUGUUGCUGAUCUUAUUUUCCUCAUAUGCCUCCCUUUCUGGGCAGUGAACGUACGGAAUAAGUAUAAUUGGCCAUUUGGAAAUUUUCUUUGUCGUAGUGCCAAUGCAUCCAUCCACCUAAACAUGUACACUAGCAUUUACUUGCUAGUAGCAGUCAGCUUGGAUCGCUAUUUGACUUUUGUUCAUACCUUGACACACAGAAGAAUACGUAGCAAAACUAUAGCCAAAGGGAUCUGCUUGCUCACCUGGAUCUUUGGGAUCCUUCUCAGUAUCCCAACCUUUACAUUUCGGACUGUGAAACACUUUCCUGAGUGGAAUAUCUCUGCAUGUGUUUUAGACUUCCCCACUCCAUCGUGGCGAAAAACUGAUCGUUUGGUAUUCAGCAUAGUGGGGUUUGUAUUGCCAUCAACAGCAAUCGUCUUCCUCAAUUUCUGUACCAUUCGCUCUCUACAAGAACACAAAAGAGAACUAAAAGCAUUCAGAACAAAGAAUUGCAAGGACCACAGAGACACAAAGGCCACAAAGUUGAUCUUCUUAGUGGUACUGAUGUUUCUUUUGUGCUGGACUCCUUACCAUCUUGUUAUAUUGUUUGAUAUAUUAUUCCAGAUGGAAGUGAUACAAGGCUGUUUCUGGGAGUAUUUUCUCAACUUUGGUGAGCAGUUUAGUUCUACUCUGGCUCUCGCAAACAGCUGUAUUAACCCAAUAAUUUAUGUAUUUGCUGGGAAAUAUUUCAGGCAAAAAGCUUUAAAAGUUUUUUCACAGUUUUUCUGCUGUGGGUAUUUUUUGAGCCAGGUAUCAUUCCAAGAAAAGUCUUUAUAUUUCAAAUUGUUUCCAGUCAAGACUAGUUCAACUUCAUGAUUCUCAGUUCCAUCUUAAUAUUGAUAUUACAAUUUAGUUUUAAUUGCAUUAAAAAAUGAACAGGAAUUACACUGUUCUAGCAUUCUCAGACUGAGUUAAUUAUUUAUUAAAUUAAAUCACUUUGCUGCUUAUUUGUCCCUGGGUUUGUUUUUCCUUUUCUGUGUUACCAUCCAAAUGUAUAACAUGCAACACCAGAAUUUUAUACCAAAUGAUCUAACUUGUCUCAUUAAUUAUCAGUGACUGGAAAGUUCUUUGACAAAGUAUCAGAAGUCUGGUUUCUUUAAAGAAUGCUAUAAACUGAUUGAAAAUUUAUUAUAUUGUACCUAUGGUAACACUAUGCAAAGAAUUAUAACAUAUUACAGAGCAAUUAUGAGCUUAACUUUCAGCUCAUAGCUGCAUUUAAAUAAUUAUAGAAGAGAUUCAGUUAUUUUUAUCAGUAUUUUAAAUGGGUUGUAUUUUCAGUGUAGCAUACAGAAAAUUUGAAGAACUGUUCGUUUAAAAUGUAUUUUGCACAAAUAUUGUAUAUAAAAUGUACCACAAAGAAAUGUACAUAAAUUGUAAUAAAAAUCCAGUAUCAUCCUCAAAAUUGGACUUUUUU